AUGAGGGGUCGCAACUGUGCGCUACUUCUAGCGCUCGCGGGCGCUUUUUUUCCGCAAGCGGACCAUGUCACGUGCACUCGGGAGAAGCGAGGAACCGGCGGUGGAGGAGGAAUGUUCGGUGAUGUCAAUAUUUCAGCUAUACUGGACUCAUUUAGCAUAAGUUAUGACAAAAGAGUAAGACCUAACUAUGGAGGACCACCCGUGGAAGUGGGGGUUACCAUGUACGUGCUCUCCAUCAGCUCUCUGUCUGAAGUGAAAAUGGAUUUUACGCUGGAUUUCUACUUCAGACAAUUUUGGACAGAUCCGCGACUGGCUUACAAAAAGAGACCCGGCGUUGAAACACUUUCUGUCGGCUCCGAAUUUAUAAAGAACAUAUGGGUACCUGAUACAUUCUUUGUGAAUGAAAAACAAUCGUAUUUUCAUAUAGCAACCACAAGCAACGAAUUUAUCCGCAUUCACUAUUCAGGCUCUAUAACUAGGAGUAUCAGAUUAACUAUUACUGCAUCAUGCCCUAUGAACCUUCAAUAUUUCCCUAUGGACCGUCAGCUUUGUCAUAUAGAAAUCGAGAGUUUCGGCUACACCAUGAGGGACAUCCGGUACAAAUGGAACGAGGGGCCCAACUCUGUGGGGGUGUCGAGCGAGGUGUCCCUGCCGCAGUUCAAGGUUCUUGGUCAUCGUCAGCGGGCCAUGGAAAUCUCCCUCACGACAGGAAAUUAUUCAAGAUUGGCAUGUGAGAUACAAUUUGUACGCUCUAUGGGAUAUUAUCUGAUUCAAAUCUAUAUACCAUCUGGUUUGAUUGUAAUUAUAUCGUGGGUAUCUUUUUGGCUUAACCGUAAUGCCACUCCCGCGCGAGUAGCCUUGGGCGUAACCACUGUGUUGACUAUGACCACUCUAAUGUCUUCAACGAACGCUGCCUUGCCCAAAAUCUCGUACGUCAAAUCGAUCGAUGUUUACCUAGGAACUUGCUUCGUGAUGGUAUUCGCCAGUUUACUAGAAUACGCAACUGUGGGUUAUAUGGCGAAGAGAAUACAAAUGAGAAAACAAAGAUUUGUUGCUAUUCAAAAAAUCGCUUCCGAAAAGAAGGUGCCAGUCGACUGCCCGCCUCUUGGAGACUCUCAUACUCUGUCCAAAAUGGGAACAUUGAGUAGAUGCCCACCGGGACGACCAUCAGAAGUACGUUUCAAAGUUCAUGAUCCUAAAGUACAUUCUAAGGGCGGCACUCUUGAAAACACUAUUAACGGAGGUAGAGGAAACUCAGAAGAAGACAAUCCUGGUCCUCCUCCGCACAUACUCCACCCUGGAAAGGACAUAUCGAAGCUGUUGGGUAUGACGCCAUCUGAUAUCGACAAAUAUUCGCGCAUAGUUUUUCCAGUUUGCUUCGUGUGCUUUAAUCUUAUGUACUGGAUCAUAUACCUUCACGUGUCAGACGUCGUGGCUGACGACCUGGUUCUUCUGGAGGAGGAUAAA